AACGCCGUUUUAAUAUUUGCUUGAACACUCAAACAUUUGCUUUAUUCAACAUUAUUCAACUGUAUUACUAUUUUGAUGUGUGGACGUUGAAUUAAUAUAAACAACUUCUUAUAUUUUGUUUCCCACCGAGCUGUAAAAAGGGUAGCACUCGCUUUCAUCUUCCGCUGCCCCACACAUGCGUUCAAGUGUUUACAUCAGAGGAUAGUAGAAAUAGUGAGCAAACACAGUGUUUGUUCUUUCAGUUUUGUAGCUCUAAGUAUAAAUAUUUCUCAGCUAACAUGUUGCUUUUUUGUCCAACCUGCGGAAACGUUUUAAUUGUGGAAGAAGGACAAAAGUGUAUGAGAUUCGCCUGCAACACCUGUCCGUAUGUACAUAACAUCACGAGAAAGGUAAAUAACAGGAAGUAUCCCAAGUUAAAAGAAGUGGAUGAUGUUCUGGGUGGAGCUGCAGCUUGGGAAAACGUGGACUCUACUCCUGAAACGUGUCCGAAGUGUGAGCAUCCUCGGGCGUAUUUCAUGCAGAUUCAGACCAGAUCGGCAGACGAACCGAUGACGACUUUCUACAAAUGCUGCAACGCCCAGUGUGGGCACCGAUGGAGGGAUUGACACAAUCGCACUUUGAAAUUUUUUAUAUAUUUCAUGCUUAUGUCACUGAUUACUCCCCUCCCUUCCUUUUCCCUCAAUGUUGAACCUUUAUUUAUUGCCAACAGGCUCUUAUAGUGAUGGAAAACGCUCUGAUGUUUUCUCACUUUGUGCCGUUUGUAUUCUGUGUUCAGGCACACCUUGUCUUUGAAGAUAUUUACAUACAGUAUUCACUUAUUAAAAGAAAUUCCAAAGAAA